AUGGCGUCGCAUGAACGGAGGCGAUCUGACAGCAAUGCUACGGGAUGGCCCAAUUACAAAAUGGCGAGACCUACAAGUCAUAUAUCACCCCUGACUUUAGAGAGAACGAUCAACUUGUACCCUCUCAGCAACUAUACCUUUGGUACCAAGGAGCCCCUUUAUGAGAAAGACAGCUCUGUCCCGGCCAGGUUUCAGCGCAUGCGGGAGGAAUUUGAAAAGAUUGGCAUGAGGCGAUCAGUGGAAGGGGUUCUCAUUGUCUAUGAGCAUGGGUUGCCUCAUGUCUUGCUUCUGCAACUGGGCACCACAUUUUUCAAACUGCCUGGCGGGGAGCUGAAUGCAGGAGAGGAUCAAGUGGAAGGACUCAAGCGACUUCUGACUGAGACAUUGGGCAGACAGGAUGGGGCACCUAUGGACUGGGUCAUUGAAGACACAAUAGGCAACUGGUGGAGGCCCAACUUUGAACCUUCACAAUACCCGUACAUCCCAGCUCAUAUAACCAAGCCUAAGGAGCACAAGAGGCUCUGUCUGGUGCAGCUUCCGGAGAAAGCCCUAUUUGCAGUUCCUCGUAACUACAAGCUGGUGGCAGCUCCACUGUUUGAGCUGUAUGACAACGCUGCUGGUUAUGGUCCUAUCAUUUCCAGUCUUCCCCAAGCUUUAGCCAGAUUCAACUUUGUUUACAAGUAA